AUGUUGCAAUCAUGCUAUUUUGCAAUAUAAUAAACAAAUGAAAAUGAAUUUUGUGCUUAUGAUUUUGGAAGCGUAUAUGAAACUUUUGUAAAUAAUGCUAAGUUACUUACAAGUUUAUUUCAUAAAUUAAAGCCAUAUGAUCAGUUGAGAUUUGUAUAACGCAAAGGAGUGUGUAUUUCGAAAAAAUAUUAAAUAGAAUAAUAAUAAAGGAUGACAAAGUAUAAGAGAAGGAAUAAAGAUGAAGCAAUCGAAUUCCUUUUUAAAAAAUAAAAUGAUACCAAAUUCCAAUAAACUCAAAAUCCUUAAUCAUAGGUUUAUUUCAAAUCCACUAAUUCUUCAACAAUUGAAUAAUUAAAGAAGUAUAAGAAUAGAUAGUAAACCAAUAAGACAAUGAGCUAAAUUAGAAAAAGCUAGAAAAAAUUUUGAGAGAGAAGCUGAAAAUGAAAGUUAAAGGUAAAAUAGAGAGUAUAAGAAAUAUUAUAAUAGUAUGAUCAAGAGUGAUGUAAGAAUUGAUCAUGAAAAAAUAACAAUUGGCACCAAAAACAAAAUCUCAAUGUAGA